AUGUCGCUCCUGGUUCCAGACUACACUAGCUCGUCAGAGGAUGACGACGUUUCUGGCAAUUCUAUCGCUACUUUACCUCCAUCUUCUUCUCCUGUGUCUGUACCAUCUUGUAGCUUAAUUUCUGCUACUAACUUACCGAAUAAUGCUCUACAUACCGUUGUAUCUACGACUUUAAAGCCCAAGAAGAAGAAGAAGAAGAAGGCACGGAAGAAAAGGAAGACACAUUUGUACCUUUCACCGGAAAUUCAGCGGCUAUUGGAGACAGGAAAUAGAGACGGUAUACUGUCCGACAGCAGUGAGGAGGACAGUGAGGUACUGGCCAAGCACAAAGCAGCCAAGAAAGCAGUCAAGGAACAGGCGAGACCUGCAGCAGCUGAUAAAGACUCGGUCUUGUCUUUUCUUCCAUUGCCCAAGCACAAACUACCAGGCGUAGCGUAUCCAGAUGCUAAUGCUGAAGCUAAAGGAAAAGAAAGACAGGAAGAGAUACAGACACAGAAGGUUCUAGGAGCUCAAACAGGAGAGGUUGAGGAAACUACUGCAGCCUGGCAACAGUAUUAUCAGCAGCAACAGCAGUAUCAGGGCAAUGAUGCUGUCAUGUCACAGGAAUAUUGUGUUGCACAAGGAGAAGAUGACGUGUUUGGGGGCAGCUCCAAGCGCAGAAGGACACGUGAACGAGAUAUUGAACGAGCACUUCAAGAGGGCCACUUUGAGACUGUUGCUGGACAGAUUGUGGACGUACAUGGCCCAGUGCCUAAUGCCUGGCAACCACCAGUGGACCCUUUGACAGGAGCUAGUGGAUCCAGUGACCACGAAGUGAGGGUAAAGGCGAGCUUUUGGAACGCUCAAGCCGGUACUAAGGUGUCGUCGAUGAAGCCCAGUCGGCUGCAAAGACAGAAACACCAGCUGAAUCAGCUUGCUUUUGAUGCAAAAGCGCGUGAUUUCGAGCUGCUAGACAAAAGAGGCGCAUCAUUGAAGACAAAGAGAGAGACAUAUGCCAAGUAUGGCUGGUAA